CGCCUAUAGGCCGUUUUUGAAUAUCUUAAAAAUUAACCAAAUAAACAUAUAUUACAUUAGUUUCUAUAUUAUCCAGACCAUCAAAAGAAGCAUGAUCGAGAAAAACACUGUUUAAUAAAUUAUGUAUUUCUACUACAUCUGAUAUUAAUAGCAUGAAGCCACAUACAUGCUGGCUAUAUGUCUCUUUAUUGUUAGUGCUUGGUAUUGGGAUUAAAUUGUCACGCAAUCAAGUAAAUUGUUCAGUCGAUAGCAACAAGUUUAUAAACUUUGAAUCUUCCAAAACUACCAAAUUAUCGUGUCAUGGCAAUGGUCCGGAACAAGUAAAAGUUCACUUUGCCAGCAGAAUCAUUGAGAACGAAUAUAUUGUUGCAUUCAAGGGUUAUUAUAAACCGUGCACACGUGAAAAUUAUAUAAGGGCUGCAUUGAAUUCAUCUGGCAUUCGUAACUGGAAGAUUUUAUUUCGUGAUAAUCUGGCCAGCAAUUUUCCUAGCGACUUUGACGUUGUUCUGUUGGAAGAAACGGAUAAACAUAAUGGCCUGGAUGCUUUAACCGACCAUCCUCUUAUCAGGAGAGUAACCCCUCAAAGACUUGUACAGAGGAGUCUGAAAUUUGUCAAUGCAUCGGAAGAUGCUGAUUUUCCAGAAUAUAAAAAUUUUAAAAGAAAAAUUAACAACUAUAACAACCAAUUUUGGCAGUCGACCAAUCGUCAUACAUCCCGUAGAUUAUUAAGAGCCAUACCAAGGCAAAUAACAAGCAUACUUCAAGCAGAUGCUUUGUGGGGAAUGGGUGUUACUGGAAAUGGUGUUAAGGUAGCAAUAUUUGAUACCGGGCUAGCAGCUAGUCACCCACAUUUUAAAAAAAUUAAAGAACGUUCGAAUUGGACAAACGAAAAGACAUUAGAAGACGGAUUGGGUCAUGGAACGUUUGUAGCUGGAGUUAUUGCAUCAUCUUGUAUAGAUUGUCUUGGUUUUGCACCAGAUGCUGAACUUCAUAUUUUUCGUGUUUUCACUAAUACUCAGGUAUCGUACACUUCAUGGUUCUUAGAUGCAUUCAAUUAUGCUAUUCUUACAAAAGUUACAGUACUAAAUCUUAGUAUUGGAGGGCCGGAUUUUAUGGAUCAUCCAUUCGUUGAUAAAGUAUGGGAACUAACGGCGAACGGUGUGAUUAUGAUCUCCGCAAUUGGUAACGACGGACCUUUGUAUGGUACUUUAAAUAACCCUGCGGAUCAAAUGGAUGUCAUUGGAGUAGGUGGAAUUAAUUGGGAGGAUCAAAUAGCAAAAUUUUCAUCGAGAGGUAUGACAACAUGGGAGUUGCCAUCUGGAUAUGGGAGAGUGAAACCCGAUUUGGUUACCUAUGGAUCAGGUGUACGAGGAUCAGCAUUGCAAACAGGUUGCAGAACAUUGUCUGGAACUUCUGUUGCUAGUCCUGUUGUUGCUGGAGCUGUAGCACUUUUAGCCAGCGGCUUUAUACAAACAGAUGGAUCUCAAACAGUUAAACAACGAGUAACUCCAGCAAGCAUGAAACAAGCGUUACUUGGUUCGGCGCGUCGCUUACCCGGAGUUGGAAUGUUUGAACAAGGGGCGGGAAAAUUAGACUUGUUACGAGCAUUUCAUUUUCUUCGUUCAUAUACACCGAUUGCUACACUGAGUCCGAGCUAUAUAGACCUAACUGAAUGCCAGUAUAUGUGGCCAUACUGUACACAAGCUGUGUAUCAUACUGGUAUGCCUACAAUUGUAAAUAUAACUAUAAUAAAUGGUUUGGGAGUAUCUGGACAUGUAGCGAAUCUUUUAUGGCAUCCUUAUACCGGUAAUGGAAAUGGUGAACGAAUCGAUGUAUCGGUAACUCAUAGCGAUGUUCUCUGGCCAUGGUCUGGAUGGUUGGCAGUUGCAAUAACAGUUCCGUCCUCUGCUCGUGACUGGCAAGGCAUAGCACAAGGAUAUAUAGCUGUUACAAUUGAAUCACCACCAAGCGAUGGAGAAGAAAAACCAAGACAAUCUAAAAUCGAACUACCGUUAAAGGCAAAGGUUAUUCCCACGCCGCCCCGUCACAAACGCAUUCUAUGGGAUCAGUAUCAUAAUUUACGCUAUCCUCCGGGAUAUUUCCCUAGAGAUGAUUUACGUGCAAAAAAUGAUCCCCUCGAUUGGAACGGAGACCAUAUCCACACUAACUUCAAAGAUAUGUAUCAGCAUUUACGUAAUGCUGGUUAUUAUUUAGAAGUACUCGGUUCGCCGUUCACCUGUUUCAAUGCCAGAAACUAUGGUACUCUGCUUAUUGUGGACACGGAAGAGGAAUAUUUUCCCGAAGAGGUCGCUAAAUUAAAACGAGACGUAGAAGAGGAAGGUCUCUCUGUAAUUGUAUUUGCAGAUUGGUAUAAUGUUACUGUUAUGAGGAAAGUAAAGUUUUAUGAUGAAAAUACUCGACAGUGGUGGAUUCCAGACACAGGGGGAGCAAACAUACCAGCCUUAAACGAUCUUCUGUAUCCUAACUGGGGGAUAGCGUUUGGAGAUCAAGUACGAAAUGGCCAAUUUACUCUUGGUCAGCAUCCACCUGUAACUUUUGCUUCUGGUACCACGAUCACGCGGUUCCCGAAAGAUGGAAUUAUUCUUUAUGUGGAAUUAUAUGAUCAAGGACAAGAGCUUUUACUCGAAUCUGAAUCGAGAUCUACAAUGUCUAUGCCAAUUCUGGGACUUUUUCAAACAAGUGGCUAUAAGAGUAUUAAAAAAAUGUAUAACGAUAAUCUCGACAACAAUGCAGUAACGGAUAAAGAAAACUUGGAAAAACAUAAUCUUAAAGAUCAAAUAAAUAUUGCACCAGGCAGAAUUGUAGUAUAUGGGGAUUCGAACUGCAUCGACGAUAGCCAUUUACAAAAACCUUGUUUUUGGAUGCUCGAUGCUAUACUGGAGUACACGACAACAGGUCAUGUUGCAACCGUAUUUACGGACGAGAGUCAGACUAAAGCAAAAGUUCUCGAGAAGCUUCAUAUUUUAGAUAAUAGUGAAUUACCACAACGUAUGGAAGGUAGUCAUUUAAGGCGUCAUAGUAAAGUAUUAUUACCUGAAAAUACCAAUACUGGCCACAUUCGACCACUUCCAUCUUGCCCUACUAUUACUCUUGCUAUUCCAAGACCUUUGAAUGAAUCUGUCCCAAUAAAUCUUUACAAACCUCAAAAGUUGCUAUCCGUAAGAGAUACAAUAGUCGCGGUAAAUCCAGCUUUACAGGAUGCCAGUCCUCUGUGGCUUAGAAGGCGAGUCGGCGGUGCAAACAUUCCUACGCUACAUCACGCAGAGCAGAAUAAUAUUGAUGAGUUAGAUCAAACCGACGAAAAUAAUAGUGAAAUAUUUACAAGUAAGUGGAGUUACGUGGCGGGAAUCAUUAUUGUAGGAGUUAUUGUCCUCUAUUUAUUAAAUCAAUGGAAUUGCUUAAUAUCAAAAAGGCAUUCUCGAAGAAAAAGAACAGUCGGUAGAUUACGCAGAGUUAUUCAAACAAUUUCUGUGCGCAAAGUGCCUCAAAUGUGACUUUACAUCUGACAAACCUUUAACCAAUGCAAGAUAAUAUUUAAUUAUCUGUGGUAAACGCUUACAAAAUAACAAACUAUAUUACGUGCCUUUAAACUUACAGUACUCAACAUACGUUUAAAAUUUAUAUAAAUUAUUUUGAUAAAUUUUGUGUGUCACUAAUUCAUUCUAUACAUGUGCAUAUUUCUGUUGAUAUACAUAAGCAAAAAUGCAAAAUCGCUAUAUUAUUUCUUCAUUUGAUCGCGUAAAUAAAAUUGAAUCAAAAUAUAGGUUCAUUAUGAAAUAAAUACGAAAGAAUGUGAAUGAAGUAUGAGGAAAAUAAAUAUAAAUUUGCACUUCCAACAGAUUGUAAUGAUAUAGUUUUGAAUUUAUCAUUAAUAGCAGUUUAUAUGUUUGUACAUGUAUUUUACCAAACACGUUAAUUUUUCAAUUUACAAAAUAUAUAUUUGCUUGUAAUGCACAAGCAUAUA